AUGGCACAGUAUCAAGAGCUUGUUCAGGGCAUUUGUCUCGCUCAAGAGAAAUCAGGGAGCUCCGAGCCUAAUCCCGACAGAAUUUUGGCGGAAGCAUUCAAGUUGCGGUACCAGUUUGAAGGAAAUUCCAGAGAAUCAACGAAAGCUUUCACGGGACGUAGAUCACGGAUGUCAGCAGCAGAGAAACUAAAAGAAGUCGAACUUGACUCCCCUGUUGCUUCGUCUCAAACGUCGCCGCGAAUACGCUGCCCCUCGUUUCACAGCUACCCCGCAACUUUUGAGGAGCUGUCCGACCGAGCUGGGUCAGCAGCUAAGUCGGCGUCUAGCGACAAAACGGACGACACGCGAACGAAGCAGCCAUGGAGUCUGGGAAGGCAUGUAAACGCAUUGUCGAGCCGUUUUGACGAAGACCGCAUCUACACGUACGUCAACCACCACAUGAUAAUCGUGAUGAACCCGUACCGGUUGCUACAGACUGCUCGAUUCACGUCAAUUUACGACGAGCAGGUUGUACUCACUUACGCUGACACGGCAAAUGCUGAGACAGUACGGGCUCCGCAUCCAUUUGCUAUCGCGAAACAAAGUCUAGGUCGCGGGCAAUCCCUUUGUCUCUGCGGUGGGAGUGGUAAGACAGAACUUGCCAAGGACUUGCUGAAAUACCUGGUACUUGUGGCGCAACCAGCUCUUUCUGAGGGUUCGGAGGGAAACACGAACGAUCGCUCUCCUCGAAGCUAA